AUGGGUUCCUCAGCCCCACCAAUCUUCCUCCCAGCCACAACCGCCCAGGCUCUUGGGACUAACCAGAGCGGGGCUGUUGGACAGCAGGAGCCAUCCUAUGCUGUCUUGAAGUUCAUGGAGAGCUUCUGCCUCAUCAGCUCUGCCUGUGGGAUGGUGGGGAACGCCCUGGUCCUGUGGUACCUGGGCUUCCGCAUCCGCAGGAACCACUUCACUGUCUACAUCCUGAACCUGGCGGCCGCCGACUUCGGCUACCUGCUCUGCAUCGCCAUCGAGACCGUCCAGUACCUGAUGCAGUUCAACGUGGGGGUGCAGUUUGGGAUAUUCCUCUUCCUGGAUCUCUUCAUGUACGGGACCGGCCUGUACCUGCUGACGGCCAUCAGCAUCGAGCGGUGCCUGUCUGUGCUCUCUCCGAUCUGGUGCCGGGCCCACCGCCCCAAACACCUGUCUGCCGUCAUCUCGGGCCUGCUCUGGGCUCUGUCCCUGCUGCUGAACACGCUGGGGUACGUCCUGUGCACCGUCCGCCCCUCUCCCGGGCGCUGCCGGAGCCUGCUCAUCGCCAUCGGCACCUUCGACUUCCUCGUCUGUGCACCCCUCAUGCUGCUCUUCAGCCUCACCCUCUUCCUCAGGGUCAAGUGCAGCUCCCAGCACCUCCAGACGGGCCGGCUCUUCACUGUCAUCAUGCUCACCGUCCUGCUCUUCCUCAUCUUCGCCGUGCCCCUCAGCGUCCUCAUCCUCUUCGACUUCCUGGGCUACAAAUUCCUCUACUCCCCGGAGAUCGGCUUCAUGCUGUCCUGCGUCAACAGCACCCUCAACCCCGUCAUUUACUUCCUGGUGGGGAGCUACAGGGAUCGGAGAUUCAGGCUCACCCUCAGGCUGGCAUUCCAGAGGGCCUUUGAAGAGUCAGGGGACGACAAAGAUGAGCGGGAAACCAGGGACUCAGUGACUAUGACCUCCUAA